AUAAGGUUCACAAUCACUGGAACCUUGCUUCCUUUGACCUGGUUGUUGAUUUGCAAAACCAGCACUCGGAUGACUGAACCUGAAAGGAAUGCAAGACUAAAGGAGCUGCAGCUGCCAAGAACACACACAAAUACCUAAAGCAAGCUGGCAGAUAUGGAGAAGGUGAAAAGGCUAAGGUCAGACUGGAGAUUUCCCACCACUUUGCUGUGUAUCUGUGGAUUUUUUAGCACAGUAAAACCGUUGGAGCCUUUCCUCAUACCAUUCCUGACAGGACCAGACAAGAAUCUGACCAUUGAACAGGUCAACAAUCAGAUUUUCCCUGUGUGGACAUACUCCUACCUGUCCGUGCUGGUGCCGAUUUUUCUGCUCACUGACUGGCUCCGUUACAAGCCUGUAAUAAUCUUCCAGUGUGUGAUGCUUUUUAUCACCACGGCUCUGAUGAGAUGGACGGAGGGCGUGUCGGCCAUGCAGGCCAUGCAGUUCUGCUACGGGGUGGUGACAGCCAGCGAGGUGGCCUAUUUCUCCUAUAUCUACAGUGUUGUAGAUCUAAAGAGAUACCGUAAGGCCACUUCUUACAGCCGCAGCAUCCAGCUCCUGGGAUACACUGUAGGUUCGGUGCUGGGUCAGGUGCUCAUCAGCUUAGACCUCAUGUCCUACAACAACAUUGUUGUGUUCACGUUGGUUCUCACAGCCAUUGCUCUCCUUACCACCUUCUUCCUGCCCAUGCCACAGAGAAGCAUGUUCUUCCACAGAAAACACUCUGGACAGAGGGCAUCAAACGAAGCCGCAAAGAGGCACAAAGAUGGAUCUGAGGAUGAAGCAUACAAGUCAAACAGAUCAAAUACAUCCGUGGGAAACAAAGGAGAAGAAAACGUGCAGAGAGUAGAAGAGAAUGAGGAAUCGGAUGAGACGAAAGGUGCAGGAUCCUGCAGCCAGGUUGUCCUCCAGCUGUGGAGGGAUUUCCGCCAGUGUUAUUCCUCCAGACAGUUGUUAUACUGGUCAGUGUGGUGGGCGAUGGCCACAUGUGGAUAUAACCAGACUGUCAAUUAUGUACAGGUGCUCUGGGAGCAUGUACAGCCUUCUCAGAACUUCAGCAUUUACAACGGAGGUGUGGAGGCCACAUCAAACCUGUUGAGUGCAGCAACUGCCUAUGGUAUAGGCUUCACAGACGUGAGAUGGGAACAGUGGGGGGAGCUGGCCCUUGGUGGUUUCUCAGGACUCGGAGCCGCCGCAUUAUUUCUCAUGACUUUCACUGGAAACAUCUGGGUCUGCUACAGCACUUAUGCCAUCUUCAAGUGCCUGUACAUGCUGCUGAUAACAAUAGCCAUGUAUCAGAUUGCAGCCGACUUGUCGAUGGAAAGGUAUGCUCUGGUGUUUGGGGCCAACAACUUUGGAGCUCUGCUUCUUCAGACAAUUAUCACUUCUGUUGUGGUUGACAGUGGAGGGCUAGGCCUUGACAUCAUUCCUCAGUUUAUCAUUUAUGCCAGCUACUUCUUAGCCAUCUCUGUGGUUUUUUCAGUUCGGGGACUUUUUAGCAUCUGUAAAGCACAGAGAAUCAAAAAGGAACAAUUGUCUGUAAACAGAAACCAAUCUGAAAGCUGUGAGGAACACAGGUUCUGAUCUUGUAGAUGGAAAUGACCAGAACAGUUGUUUGCCCCAAAUUAGGGAAUAAAACAAACUUCUUUCUUUACUCAAAAACAUACAUGAACAAUUUUCAUGCAUACAGGAGCAGCUUCAUUAGAAGCACAUAAAAAAAGUACAUUUCAGUAAUUCAUUUUAAAAAGACACAUUCAAAUAUUACAAAAGUAAAAUAUUUAAAUUGAUGUGUAUGGCUUGUGGUUUAUGAAAAUGUAAAAUUCUGUUAGAAAAUUUAAGUAUUACACAAGACCAUUGACAUUAAUUUUAAAGAAAGUUUAUUUUAAAGCCAUGUUUUGGCCUCAACAUUCAUGAGUAAGAAUGCUGACUUGAUAGUUGCCUGGCAAAAGGUCACCUUUUCAGAGUACUAUAUCCAAGUAUAUUAUUAGAAAGUUGAGUGGAAGGAAAAAAAAUUACAGAGAAGCAACAGGAUUAACGGAAGACUUAAGAGCGGUCGAGGAUAGGAAUUUGGGGGAGUUAUGAACUGCGAAAGGAGUCAAAUCUUCAAAAACCAACACACGGACAAACCCAGGACAUGGACUACAACUGUCACAUUACUUAAGUUAAACCACUCCUAAACCAGGCAUGUCAGAAGUGUCUUAAUUGGACUAAGAAAACAAAAAAUAGAGUUUUGCUCGUUGCUCCCAAGUCUGCUUUUUAGAUAAAAGCAAAUUUUGGAUUUUGUUUAGAAAUCAAGGUCCAAAGCUCUAGAUGAAGAGUGGAGAGCCACACUCUCCAAGUUGCUUCAGGUCCAGUGUGAAGUUUCUACAGUUAGUGAUGACUUGGGGGGGCAUGUCAGCUGCUGGUGUUGGUCCACAGGAAAUGCAGCCGUCUACCAGCUUCACGGUUCAAUCUGCUGACAAACCUUUUAGAGAUGCUGAUUUAAUUUUCUUGGCACAUGCCCACACUGCCAAAAGAGUUCAACUUUUAUAACUGAAUUACUGAAAUAAACGAAUUUUCCCAUCAUAUUCCACUUUAUUAAGAUGUGCCUGUACAUUCAUAAAUGAAUGCUUUAGUCAUUUCAUCUUAUUUAAAAUUCAUUUAAUAUAUAUUCUGUAUAUAUUUACACAUUAACUUAAAAUUCUUUAAUAUCCCAUGAGAGUGGUUUUUCAGUCCAUCAAGUCAGUCGUUCUGCUUCCCCACACGAAUGUGUGGUUCACUGUCAUUCAAAAAUGUUGGGACCAGGGUCUGUCAGCAGGGAAGGAGACAGCAGACCAGCAUAUCCACCGUUCUGAUGCAGCAUUCACUUUUUUUUCAGUUUUGAGUAACUGAAUGUUUUCCUUAGUAAGAAGAAUUUACCCAAAAAGAUUCAGCACAAACAGUUUAGUUCUUUCCAAAUACAGAAACUGGCAGUACCCAAGCAACAGCCCUGUCCUAACAAAUCUUAUGUUAUACAAAUACUGAUAUGCACAAAAAGCUAACGUCCUAAAGGAGAAAAACGUAUGUACAGAAAUGCAGCUUAAUGAAUGAUAUACUGUAUGCAAUAACUUAAUUUUCAGCCAGUUUGAUUAUACAUUGUGACUCAGGCCAUUUCACAGGUUAAACAGAGGAGAAAGGAUCCACCUCUCCCUCGGCACACAACCUCUCUUUGUGUUGUAGUCACAGACAGCGUCGGCACGUCUGUCUUGCACAUUGUUUAAUUUGUGACAAACUGCAAUAGAAAAUACAGAUUCUUACAAACAUUGUGUUUUUAAAGCUACUGGUGAAACAAAAGAGUGCAAUAGGUGCAAGCGCGCCAGUUGUUGACCCUGUAAGUGCAGCAGACGAGAUGGAUCGCUAUAAGAACGGGUUGGUCGAUGAGCCUCCGGCAGGAUACUGAGCAGGCGGAGCUCCACCCUAGAAUAAAACAAGCGCAGAGACUCAAGAACACUAUUUAUUUAGAGUAGCAUUAAAAUUGUUCCAGUCAUAUUCAGUAAAUUAGAAUGUGUGUUGUGAUGAGACUCGUUUGUCUGAUAAAAGUACCUUCUGAACCUUUAAGCAGGUAUUAAACAAUAUUUUAAUGAAUCCCACAA